CGCGUCCCCGCCUGUCGCUAGUUCUCUCGCCUUGACCGCAGAAAUAAAACGAAAAAAAAACAGCGCGCCACCGCCACCAACCAAACAGAGGAAAAGGAGGGGAGGAAGAAGCGGAGGAGAGAGAAACCCUAAUCGAGAUGGGCAAGCUUCUCUGCGACCCCUCCGCCGCCGCCGUCGCCGAGGCCCUGCCGCCGUCCCCAGCCCCCGCUCCGCCUCCGCCGCUCCUCGCUUGGUCCUCCCCGGCCCCGGCCUCCUCCCCCGAGGCCUCCAUCUCGCCCACAGGCUGGGACGCGGUCUGGGCGCUCGAGGACCAGCAGCGCCGCCGCCUCCACCGGAUCUGGGAGCGGGGCGUCGCGUGGAAACCCUCCUCGCCGGGCGCCGGCGAGGCCGCGCUGCCUCCCGUGGUCUUCCGCCUCGACCACGGCGGGGAGGUCGACGCCGAUGGCAACUGCCUCUUCACCGCCGCGCGGACGGCAGCCGCUGCCAAGGCCGACGCGCGCGAGCUGAGGCACCGCGCAGUGCGCCGAUUCGCCGAGGUCUACGCCGCCGCUGGGGAGGACGACAAGAACGCCGUCGACGCCGCCGUGAGGCACCUCUACGCGCCGGAUCUCAAGGCCGGGUGGGGUGUCCAUGUCGUGCAGGAGAUCAAGGUGCUCGUGCCCAAGGCCCAGCGCCACGCGCUCGACUCCGCCAUCCAGGAGCUCGUCGAUCUCGGUAUCCAAAGGGAAAUAGCAGCUGAAACUAUCUACAAGGAAAGAUGCAUCACUGUAGACAAUGGGGAUAGUUGGACCAAGUACAUGUCCAUUUCUGGUUCUUCAGAGGACGAGCAUGACAUUAUCACCCUGCAGUACACAGAGGAGGGGUUACUGACAAUAGAUGAGAACCGAGAUGGCCGUGCAGCUGCAUUUGGCGAUGAUAUUGCCAUUGAAUGCCUAGCUACUGAAUUCAAGAGAGAAGUUUACGUGGUGCAAGCCCAUGGAGCGGAUGCAAUGGUUGACGAGGAUAACUGUGUGUUCUUCCUCCCACACCGUCCUCGAGGAGAAGUUUGCGAGCCACCGAUUUUUCUUUUCAUGAAAGGAACAGCAUGGUGUGGUGCUGGUGCUGACCAUUACGAGCCUUUGAUCGCCACUGUCCUCCAGCAUGUUACUCCAGACAAGGCAGCUGUCAUCCUUUGAGAAUGACUGCAGUUUUUUCUACCUCCCUUAGCUUUUAGUCAGCGGUGGAGUUGAGACAAUUUUGUUAUUGGAGCUAGAGUGCUGAAUUGAGGAGCGACAUCAAUAUGCCCAAGAGAUUAGAGAGACGGCCAACCUGAGUAUCUUGCUCUGUUGCGGGGUUUUGCCUGCUUAUGAAGCUGUGUAUGGUGAUUUUGUUGUUGUAUGUUUAUGAGUAGGCUCUGACUAGCGAGGAUAUUCUGAGUGUAGAACGUCGAAUCUAGAUUUUUUGAGGGUCUGAUGUUGUUUGCCAUUGUCGGCCGGCAUUUUUGUAUUGCUUAUUGUGAGGAUUUUCGUUUCUUGACGCCUGUUUCUAGGGACAUCAUGAUUGGACAUUUGGAAUGCAAACAAUUCCUUUGUGGUGUUGGGUU